AUGGUCCCUCUCUUAUCACUUUACUUUCACAAAGGAUCCUGCUACUGUGCAGGAGAGGCCUUUUCCUCACUGCUACCAGCAACAAGCAAGCAUCAAACAGCAGCUUGUCAGUGUGCUGCAGGAGCUCAAGCUGCAAACGUGUGUGUGUGGGAGGAGAAAGGUGAGAAGGUGGAAGAACGUCUGAGAGCGUGGGAGACAAAGACUAGGAGGCAGAAUCAGAUCCAGGAGGCCAAGGUGGCUGUGGUAAACUGGUGGAGAGCCCACAACGUGGAGAGGGUGAAGCCCUGCACUAAAGAAAUUAAGUCAAUCCAUGAGCUUUCUGAGACACAAGCAGAGCCCCUGCAAGCAGAGCAAAUCAUCAGUGAUAUGAGGGAGCAUGCCUGUUACCUUCAAACCUCUGUAAGACCUGAACAAGAGCUUGUCGAAGAGAAACACACCAGCAGAGUUCUUCACAUUGACAAGGACAACGACACAACAGUGGAGAAGGCAGUAAAGGAUCAGAGGGAUGCAUCAGUCUUUACAGAGCCUGAGAUCACAGCCUCAGCACAAGAACAAACCGAGCUGCAGGUGACCACAGACGGGCUGCUGACGAGCCUAAGGAGGAUGGAGGCUAUGGUCAGCAGCGCCCUGGAGACUGCCGAGCUGGUGAGGCAAAGCGAGCACAGGGUGAGCCAGGUGAGAGAGAAGAUGGAGAGCAUCAGUCAGAGGUUGGAGGCUGCUUUGGGCCGAGUGGGCAACACUAAUGAACAGUUUAACACUCUGGAGGCCGGGAUCAUGGAAAAAAACAUCUCUCAGGUCUUUCUCAGUCUGCUAGCUGAUCCUGAAACAGACACCACAGGUUUUAUGGAUGAUGAUGAACUUGAAAAGAGAGACAGCUCCGAGCAUCCUCUGCUGUCUCCUGUAUUCCCAGAAGUCCUGGAGCCUCCACAUCUAGCCAUGAAUGGUCCAGCAGGGCGAGGCAGCUGCAGAGAGCUCCGUGAGGAGGUUUUGCUGUUUCUUUUUGAACAAAGUGACCAUAAUUUCAAGCAGUCCUGUGACACCCCGUGCACUGUUGCAAGACCUUUCAUCUUCCCUCACACCCGCUCUGGCCCCUCACUGCCCCCCAUUAUGCCCACACUGCCUGAGGAAGAGGAAGACUCUCCUGAGGAACUGGACAGUUGUUCCAGCUCUCCAAAAGAUUCUACACCAGGUGAAAGCCGUGCUGUCAUCAUGACCGCCCCUACCAUUGUCUAUCCACAGCAAGCUUUUACUGUCCAACAGGAUGGGCGUCCUCUGGAACAGACCAGGCCACACAGUCCCAGAGCUCGCCUGGCCAGAAACUCCUCAGGAGGACCCAUCACUACAGUCGACAGCACAGGUCACGUGAUCGACCUGGUGAAAGAUCAGCUGCCAGAGCUGCAGCUCUCUGAGGAAGAUCUGCAGAAGAACCUGGAGCUGCUGGAGCAGGCCAAGAAAGUCAGCGAUCGUUUCCUUACACGCAGAGGACGGCGGUCCACAAGCAGCCUCACCGAAUCACCCACAGCUCUUUCUCCAGCUCCAACACCAUCAUCUUCACCAUGUUCCUCAAGAAGCAGCUCACUGAUUGUGGCCCCUCAGACUGAUACAACCCUGGUCAACUCACAGCCUACUGGUCAGCAUCUGGAGGUUCCUUCUGAGAGAGAUCAACCUGAAUUAACGAACCAGGAUCAGGAGGACCAGCUGUUUGUGGACUGGAAGUCUGCUGAGAAAAGGAAAGUGUCUUCUGGGACUCUAAGCCCCCACUUUGCUUUCCAAAAGGAGAACUGUGAUCUUGCUGUCUCAAAGAGUCCUUCUGCAGUCAAUAAAGCCGAUGAGGUGUCAGGUCGAAACCCAAACCAGGCACCAGCCACAGGCGUGGCCAAGCCUGUCCCUAGACCCCCUACCCAGCAGGCACCCUGCACAGCAGAGAUUAAAACAAUCGGGGCCUUUCCUCCACUGAUGAGAGCUGUUUCCUGGGAUGCUGUAGGCAGCCUUAAUUCAAGAAAUGGUGCUCCUGGUUUCCCUCCUGCAGCCGACAACGCUUUCUCAGAUAAACCCAGAGAGCCUGUGUUCAAGUGCUCAGGGUACAAGGACCUCCCCACCCAGCCGGGCAGCAUGCAGAAACUGUCUAAACUCCGAGAGGAGCACAAACUGAUGCGUAACCAAAGCAUUGUGGGAUCAAAGUUGCCAGAACUGAGUGAAGCUGCUGAACAGGAAAAAGGAUCCUCACUUUCACAAAAGUCAGCUGGUAGUGAGGAGACAAAGGAGAAGUCUGAUGCCAUGCCAAAUAUUUCAGACGUGAUGCUGAGAAAACUCAAACUCCAUCGGGGUCUGCCCGGCUGUGCACCUCCACUCACUGAGAAAGAAGUUGAGAAUGCUUUUGUCCAGCUUUCCCUGGCAUUUCGUAAUGACAACUACACCCUGGAGACGCGACUCAAACAAGCUGAGAGGGAGAGGAACCUGACUGAGGAAGACACGGAAAAAGAACUUGAAGAGUUCAAAGGAGCGCUGAAGAUGACCUCUCCCCAGUGGCAGAACCUGGAGCAGCGUGAAGCCUAUCAGCGCCUCAUAGAGACUGUGACUGUGCUGCACCGACUGGCUACACGGCUCUCCAGUAGAGCUGAGAUAGUUGGGGCUGUUCGACAGGAGAAACGCAUGAACAAGGCCACUGAGGUCAUGAUGCAAUAUGUGGAAAACCUGAAGAGGACGUAUGAGAAGGACCACGCAGAGCUGAUGGAGUUUAAGAAGUUGGCCAACCAGAACUCAAAUCGCUGCUAUGGAGCAUCUGCAGAUACUGGAGAUGACGGAGUACCACGGCCAUCAAGAUCAAUGUCCCUCACCCUGGGAAAAGCUUUGCCCAGGCGCAGAGUGAGUGUUGCCGUGGUGCCAAAGUUUAACCUCCUCAACAUCCCGGGUCAAACCCCAGUCACUGCUGGACCGGGCCCCAACACAGGACUCACAACAGGUGCUGCUCUUCCUGUCCUGUGUGAGGCAAAUGAUGUGAAAAGCACCUUCACAGAAGCAACACAGCCAGCAGCAGAUUGUGGAAAGAGUGUGACGGAGCAGGAAAGCAAGCCAGCCAAACCUUCAGUAAACUUAGAGGAGAUUAGAGCUGAGAUCAGAGCCGAAAUCAAGGCAAAGAUCGAGGAGGAUGCGUACAACAAAGGCUACCAAGAGGGACUGAAGCAGAAAAAAACCCUCCUGGAGGAGAGAUGUGAGGAGGAGAAUAAUGCAGAGAAACUGCUGGAGUCAAAAAAUAAGGAUGAAGAGAGUGGAAAAAGGCAUAAUAGUAGCAGGAGGAUGGAAGAGGUCCUGGCUCUUCUCAUUCAGUUUUGCCCCAAGGUCUCUAUCAGUCGACGGCUUCUUUGGAUCACACUGAUGCUAUUUGUGGUGAUGUGUGUGGUUAUCAGUAUUUUCACAUUCUUCAGUGACUACUACAGUCGACGAGAGGACACGUAAAGAGGGAGGGAGAGACUUUCUGUGAGACACAACAGUACAACCACAGAACUCCACAGCAGAGACCACAGUUGUCAUGACUCUGUCUCUUUAUCAUCAUCAUAAUCACAACCAGACUCACAUGAAUCAAUGACCCUGAAGCUUGAUGUUCAGAGCUGUUUUGAGAGGCUCUUUGGAUGAUUUUGCCUUUUUCAUGGUUAAGAGCAUUAAGUCAUAAUUUUGUUUAGAUUUGAAAGUAGACAGUUUGUAGGUUGCAGCAAGUAGUUAGAUCAUUAGGGACCAAUUACAUGGUGUGAUGAUACAUAUAUUUAAUUAAUUUAGACGUGUAUGGAACAAUACAUUCUGGUUCUGGUACUUUGGAUGAAGAACAUGGCACUUUCCUUUAUUGCCACCAUGGAAAAUGUGUAUAUUUAUCUAUGAUCUAACUUCCAAGUUUAAUCUCUCAGGUCCAGUAGAAAACAAAGGCCUUAAGAGAUUUUGCAUUUAUAUUUAAAGAUUGUUUUAUUUGUUGUUUAACUUUCUAUAAAGAAUAUUUAAGGAUUAAAAUAUAAGCACAUUCCAUAGUAGUUCCUUAAGUGCAAUAUUUUGCAGGCGGUGGUUGUUGUUUAUGUCAUCAUGGAUUCAGAGCACUGACAGAUUGUUUUCUUUUAUAAAAGCACUUUUUAGAUGG